CUUUCCGGAUCUGUGAUGAUUGUGAUGUCCCCUGUGUCCCUGCUCCUGCUCUCUCUUGCCUUCACUGGCUGCAGCGCCUGGGGUGGCUUCAAUAUGUUUGGCGGCCCCAGUCCCGGAUUCCCUGAUAUCUUCGGGGGUCUAGGUCAAAGUACAUUCGGAGGUCAAAGUAACCCCACUGGCGGGCAAACUUCUCCCUCCGUGUGCAGCGGGAAGGGCACUCUGGGGCAAAGAUUCGCCGUCAACGAUGGCAUCAACGACGCCGAUAACGACGGUUUUGUCACUGGCCCGGAGAUCUACAACGACUUCAAAAACAACUACGACACCAACAACGACGGCUGCGUGACUCUUGCCGAGUGGGAACAACGCUGGCUGGUGGGACUCCGCUUGUCCAAGGCAUUCGCCGAUAACCGUUGGGCCGCUCUGCAACCAAGCAACAACACCGCAUGCCCCGUCACUUACGCUUUUUACCAGACCAACACCGACCUGAAGAUGCCAUUGGGCGCUUUUGUUGGGGGCAAUCUGCAGACUCUCGUGGACACGUGCAAGAGCGACAACUCUCUGCUCAUCUCCAACUGCGACUGUCUACAGUUGUUGGGCGCUUGUGUGAACGACGCUACGCUCAGCGCAAACUCCGUGUGUAAGGCGUACGUGGCUCAGCCAGUUAAUGCCACCGUUACACCCGUUGUAGGUUGAUUUUGACGUAUAAAAACUAGAGUAUUCAUCUUCGUGGUUUUAGCACCCGCUAAUAAUCCCCCUCCCCCUUUCCUUUGAUGUAUGAAUCAAUUGCAAUACAGAUGUAAAACUUUUGCUGAGGGCUUUCACUCAUUUGUAUUGUGAAACACUUGCAUGGAUCUGGCUGUUAAUAAUAAAAAAUAAAAUUUCGUUAUGGAAAGAAA